AUGCUCGAACGAUGCGCUGUCUAUGGCUGUAACAACACAGCAAGAUCAGAAAAAGGUGUAUCUUUAUAUCAUAUACCUUAUUGCGACGAUAAUCGGCAAGUGGCAAAAGGCAGGCGAAAGAAAUGGUUGCACUUUAUUCGGCGGAAGAGAGACCAAUGGACGCCAAGUUCUGGUUCAGUUGUUUGCUCAAAACACUUCACGGAAGACUGCUUUGAAUACGGUUCCGACACAGUCCCACUAUACAAAACCCCUAAGCUUAAACGAGAUGAAAUUGGGAUUACUGCUGUUUCAUCUUUGAUGCCAAAAGCGACAUGUUUGGAUAGUGAACGCAAUGUGCGCGUGCAACGCAGAGGAAAGGUAUGAAUAUAAAAAUAUGUUUCUUGUAUAUUUUCUAGUGUUUUAGUUUGAAUCGUGUGUAUUUAGUUAUAUUUCAUGCAUUUGUGUUAAACUAUUUAUGAUCUUUGAAUCUCUAUACUUAUAGCUAUCAUUUAUGGAAGAAGGACCUUCGACUAGUAGUAUGGAGGAGCCAGCUCAGGUAUGUUGGACUUUGAAACAAUGUAUCAUAUUUCCUGUAGUGAUGUGUGAUAAUUUAUCAAGGCAAUGUCAGUCGUCAUAUGUUUGUAAACCACAUACAAAUAGAAUAUAUAUAUGUUAUAGUUAUCAUAUGUGGAAGAACCUUCGACUGGUGGGGAGAUCUUUGAGGAGCCUCAGCCUUCUACCUCGGCAAAC